CGGAAGCGGAAGUCAGGUGGUUGUCGGAUUUUAGAGGAAGGCGCUCCGUUACAUUGGGGAACUGGAGUGGUCUGGAGUUCCACGGUGUAGUGGGCCAGAGGCCACCUCUCCUGGGCUUCUCAGUGUCUCGCCGGCGGGGUUCGGCCUGAGCUGGAUAGACACAGCCCUUGGCGGACCGAAACCCGUUUACUUCUCACGGCCCAUAAUUUCCCUCACUUCUGGAGGUAUAAGGUGCUUCGGAAGGGAGCAAAUCUGCCAGAACCUUGGAGAGACGAGGUUUCACCGUGUUAGCCAGGCUGGUCUCGAUCUCUUGACUUCGUGAUCCGCCCGCCUCGGCCUCCCAAAGUGUUGGGAUUACAGAGAUUUAAACAACCUAAACAUUAAGCAGUACAGCUGCCUCAAACCUUUGGGAUUUUCAGAAUGACUGACACUGCCGAAGCUGUUCCAAAUUUUGAAGAGAUGUUUGCUAGUAGAUUCACAGAAAAUGACAAGGAGUAUCAGGAAUACCUGAAACGCCCUCCUGAGUCUCCUCCAAUUGUUGAGGAAUGGAAUAGCAGAGCUGGUGGGAACCAAAGAAACAGAGGCAAUCGGUUGCAAGACAACAGACAGUUCAGAGGCAGGGACAACAGAUGGGGGUGGCCAAGUGACAAUCGAUCCAAUCAGUGGCAUGGACGAUCCUGGGGUAACAAUUACCCGCAACACAGACAAGAACCUUACUAUCCCCAGCAAUAUGGACAUUAUGGUUACAACCAGCGGCCUCCUUAUGGUUACUACUGAUAGAAAUGUUGGCAGCUUUUAGUAAAAGCAUUUACUCUGUUACCAUGAGAAAAGUUUGUGUGUCUUCUGUUGGUCAUAGUUUUACAUCCGAUUGUACAGAAUGGAUUAUUGAUUUUUUGGAAGUUGAGACUUUAAAAAAAAUAGAUCUUACUUGCGAAAUGCGAUGGUUGCUGGGAAUACCUGAAAUUGUGGAUUAUAUUGCUUGACUUCUACCUCAGAAUCUUCUUUGUUUCAUGACUUAAUAAUGCUUUAAGUUUGGUAUAUUAUUUGACCUCUAGGAAUUCUUUGUUUUACACAGAAAUAAAAAUUUUAAAAUAGAAAAUGCUUUUACUUUGUAAGGUAAGAGAGUAUCCAUAUGCUUAGAUGUGCUCGUUUCUAAAAUUCUAGAGGUUGAUAUAAUCAGCUCAUGAAUGCACAGCUAUGCUUUUUGUGAUAGAUUGUACAUAACAUCAGCAGUUGAAAGGUAAAACAAUUGCUUUUUUUUUUUUUUUUUUGCUUUUGUUAUGUGACUCUGGUACUUUGUGAUUCCUUAAUCUAUAGAUGAGUCAGCUCCACACUUGAGUCUCUUUUUAGAGGGAAAUCAGUAAUAAAGCUGUAAAAUAAGGAAGGAA